AUGUCUGAUAUGAUGGGUUCUUCCCAGGACAACGGCAGCCAAAGGCGGUGGAUACGCAACAACACGUUCCCCGGAGAUCCGCCAACUGCGGGAGAUCCGCCAACUGUGGGGACACUCAUGGACCAUCUCCGACAAAUCGCUCUAUUUCCUAGCUUGCAGCUACCUGGCGUCCAACGCGUGCAAGCAAACAGUGUUUCACAAAACUCUCGUGGCCGCGCUGGCGGAGCCUACGUUGCACCUGCGAGCCGCCCAGCGACAGGUGCUGCCGACCGGAGGCAAUGGCAUCUGCCUGCUCCCCAACUUACUAUCACCAAAUAUACGAUCAGCUACGACAACUUAUCUGAGCCUCCAAGCCCCUCAGGCUACGAUCCGGAGCAUCUCGGCCUUGCACUUCAGCCUGCGCCCAGCGCUGGAGACACGACGCCUACCGCCCAGUCGCCGCAAACCCCUACCUUAGAAUCACCGCAACUACCUGCGCGCAGGCCCGAUACUGAAAGUGAUAUGAUUGUGGAGGAAGAGCCUCAGGAGCGAGAUGACAUUACGCCAUGCACCCCCACCUCGUCAAUAUGCGACGUGAGGGCAUGGCACUUUGAGUGUAUGUGA